ACCUCCCCUCCCCGCAAGCAAACACAGUCGUUCCGCUCUCUCUCUGGGCUUUUUAUACGCAUAGAUUCUUCCAUCGUUUUUGCCAAUUCAUCUUCCUCCUCCAACAACCACACAAGCCUUCGUUACACCGCUUUACGAGGCACUCCUUCUUCCUCCUCUCCUCCAAUCUUCCAUCUUCUUCCACAACACAACACACACAACAGACAGAAUGUCUUUCUCUACUCGAAGCGUACUGCGCGUCUCUCGCGCCGCCAACUUCUCCGCCGCCUCCCGUGUUGCUGCUCCCAGCAACGCCGUCCGCUUCUUCUCUGCCACCCGUGCCAUCCGCGUGUCUGACACCGCCAACAAGAAGAGCGUUGUCCGCGAGAAGGAGGUUCCCGUCACCGUCUAUGGUGCCGGCCAGGGUGACAAGCAGACUCUGCAGGUUCCUGAUGGCGCCGCCAAGGUGCCCUACGACAGCCCCGCCCCCGCUGAGCGCGAGGAGGUUGAGCCCCUUAACAAGAAGGUCUACGACCAGCUGCCUCACACUCUCAAGAGCAUGACUGUUCAGGGCAAGGUCAUCAUCGUCACUGGCGGUGCUCGUGGUCUGGGCAACCACAUGGCCCGAGCCUGCGCCGAGGCUGGUGCCAAGGCCAUCAUCAUCUUCGAUGCCAACCAGGAGCUGGGCGACGCCUCCGCCGCUGAGCUGCACCAGAAGUCUGGUCUCCCCGUCUCCUUCUUCAAGGUCGAUGUCCGUGACGGUGCUGCCAUCAACGCUGCUGUUGACUCCGUUGUCGAGCUCUACGGUGCUCCCGACGUCCUGGUCAACGCUGCCGGUAUUGCCGACUCCAACAUCAAGGCUGAGACCUAUGACCCCGCCAUGUUCCGCCGCCUGAUCGACAUCAACCUUACUGGUUCCUUCCUCAUGUCCCAGGCUGUUGGCCGCUCCAUGAUGGCUGCUGGCAAGUCUGGCAGCCUGAUCCUGGUUGCCUCCAUGUCCGGCUCCAUCGUCAACUACCCCCAGGAGCAGAGCUGCUACAACGCCUCCAAGGCUGGUGUCAUCCAGUUUGCCAAGUCCAUCGCUGCUGAGUGGGCCAAGUACAAGAUCCGUGUCAACUGCAUCUCUCCCGGUUACAUGGACACCGCCCUCAACCGUGUCCCCGCUCUUGAGGCCCAGAAGAAGAUCUGGAAGUCCCUGACUCCUCAGGACCGCCUGGGCGCUGUUGACGAGCUCAACGGCCUUUGCGUCUUCCUCGCCUCUGACUCCUCCAGCUUCAUGACCGGCUCUAACGUCAUCAUUGAUGGUGGUUACUCUUGCUACUAAAGGACGAGUCAUCUCCUUCUGCAUAGCAUAUCAUCAGCAUUUCACAAUACAUUAAUAUCUGUCACGGAAGCGAUACCGUCUGCAGCCUUGAGGGUUCGGGCAUGGGAGUUUUGGGAGAUAUCGAUGCAUGAAACCUGCAGUCGAUUUUGAGGGAGCUACAAAACUGGGGACAUGGUUGGCUUCGGCCAUUGUUGAUUUGUUUUCUAUGCGACUAUGGUGCUUUAUUGCGAGAAUGCAUCGCCUACUUCUGCUUUUUCUUGUUUGGAGUUUAUAUGGGUUUGCUGUCUGCCGGUCGGGGUACACGGAGCCAGACAUGCAUAGAGGGAAUAGACGUCGAGUUCAAUGAUGCGAAGACUAGAGAGACUUAGAUGAAAACCAUACUUUAGCCAAGACUAGUUGGCGGAUGAAAUUAAUGAAGUACAGCCUUUGAGGCUUUUUACAUUAUUACCAAU